AUGGAGUUGCCUGUGGUGGAUCUCUCCCCCUACUUGGCCGUCUCCGGCGACCUCAGUUCCGACCUAGUUGCGCUUUGCUCUGAGGUGAGUCGGAGUCUCACGGAGACCGGAGCUCUGCUCAUCAAGGAUCCCAGAUGCUCCGUCCAAGACAACGAUCGCUUUAUCGAUAUGAUGGAGAAGUACUUCGAGAGCCCUCAGGAGUUCAAGCGCCGCCAGGAGAGGCCUCAUUUGCAUUACCAGGUUGGGGUUACACCAGAAAGAGUGGAAGUUCCAAGAAGCUUGGUUGAUGAAGAAAUGCAAGAGAAACUAAAAACAAUGCCAAAAGAGCACCAACCUCAUACUCCUGUUGGACCUGAUCUCAAGUGGCGAUAUUUUUGGAGAAUUGGUCCUCGACCUUCAAACACUCGUUUUCAGGAACUCAAUUCAGAGCCAGUUAUACCUGAUAGUUUUCCUGAAUGGAAAGAAAACAUGGAUUCCUGGGGAUACAAGAUGAUUUCAGCAAUAGAAGUGGUUGCUGAAAUGGCAGCUGUUGGCUUUGGGCUACCAAAGGAUGCAUUCACUUCUCUCAUGAAGCAGGGCCCACAUCUGUUGGCUCCAACAGGGAGUGACCUUAAAAAAUAUGGCCAGGAGGGCACUGUUUUUGCUGGAUAUCACUACGACCUGAACUUCCUAACAAUCCAUGGUAGAAGUAGAUUUCCUGGUUUAAACAUCUGGUUAAGAAAUGGACAGAAAGUUGAAGUGAAGGUUCCAGUUGGGUGUCUUCUUAUUCAGGCAGGGAAGCAGAUAGAGUGGUUAACUGCAGGGCACUGUGUAGCUGGCAUGCACGAGGUUGUUGCCACAAAAAGAACACUCGAAGCGAUUAAACUAGCACAAGAGCAAAAGCGUAGCCAGUGGAGAGUAUCUUCAACGCUGUUUUCACACAUAGCUUCAGAUGCAGUUCUGAAGCCGUUGGGACAUUUUGCAGAGUCACCACUUGCAAGCCAAUAUCCUCCUACCUGUGCCGGAGAAUAUGUUGAACAAGAGCUUGCAGUAAUCAAUCUCAAAGGAAAGAAGUGAGGGCCUUUGUGACCAAAAAUUGUAAUAAGAAGUUACAUAAAUUAUGCGUCCAGAAAGUGAGAAAUUGUAGCUUUAUUUUUCAGUCUCAAGAAAAAAGGAACAAUGAAAUUUUCAGUUGAGCUCUAAUUAAUUUCAAUGAAUUGGAUGCGUAUUUUCUCAUAUGCGUGUUCAGGGUUC